AUGGUGCGUUCGGCACUAUUUUGUUUAAGUGUCAUGAGCGUAAGCUUGCCGUGGGCAAGUGUCGUUCCUCUAACUAUUGAUACCGGACCGAUUCAAACCGAUCUUUCAUCAAGUGUCUAUGGCUUACGUAAGCUUAACACGCCUCGAAUUUACGAUUUAAUGGUGGCAGAAACGAAAGAUCACGACGACGAAGAGGAAUGGGAAUCUGAAUCAAGUGAGGAGAAAGAGAGUGAACAUGAGAAGAAAAAAGGUGAAAAGGAUCAUAAAGGUUAUAAGGAAGAGGAACAUCAUGAGAAAGGCAAUAAAGGUCAUCACGAGGAAGAAGGCAAAAAAGGAGAAGAAAAGGAAGAGCAUGCUCACGAAAAGAAGCACAAGAAAGACGGAGCUCAUCAUAAGAAACAUAAGAAGGGCGAAAAAGGUGAAAAAGGUCAUGAAUUUGAAGAUCACGGUUCCUAUAAAAAGGGUCACUCCAUCAAGGGCAAACAUAAGAUUCACAAACUGGACGAAGACAAAAAAGAGAAAAAAUAUUACGACGAAGGACACGAUGAAGGUGGCGGAGAGAAACAUGGCGAAUUUGACGAGCAUAAGAAACAUAAAAAAGGCGAUCAUCAUAAGUCGGGCGGCAAAAAGAAGUCCGAACAUGAAGAAAAAUAUGGUAAAAAGGGUCAUAGCGAAAAAGGUCACAAAACAAAAGGGCACAAAGGCCAUAAGAAAAAGCAUGGAGACAAGAAGAAGUGGGGCCAUGAACAUGAAAGCAGCAAGAAGAAGGGAGAAGAAGAGAAAAAGAAAUGGAGUAAAUCGGAGAAAAAGGAAAGCAGCGGCGGUGACGAUGGUCACGGUCAUCAUUAA